AUGAUUACACGGUAUUUAUUUUCCUUAUUCACUGAUCGAACUGCUCAUGUGCUGAUACGAAUCUACACGACCCAGUUUGAUUACAUCUUCCAUCUGGACGGCACGAUCGAAGUACGGGUAUCGGCUUCCGGAUACCUUAUGGGUGGUUACUGGGAGCCUAAUGAAGCUCCGUACGGUGGCCGAAUCCGAGAGACAAACAUGGGCAAUAUUCACGACCAUGUGAUCAAUUUCAAAGUUGAUUUUGACAUCGGUGGAACGAACAAUUCUUUACUCGCAACUACUACACGAGAAGAAACCGUCGAACACCCGUGGUUAGACGAUGACGACUGGGGGAGCACGAGGGUUCAACAAAAAAUUAACAAGCAGUACAUCGAGAACGAAAACGACGCGCUCCUCAAGUAUCCUCCCAACUUCCAGGGCCACUACGCUAUCGUCAAUCAAGAUGUCAAAAAUCGGUGGGGUUAUCCAAAGGGGUAUAUCAUCCAUCCCGGAUAUAACCCUGUCCAUGCAACCGUCGUCGGCUCCAACAAACUUACACUUGAGAACGCAAAUUGGGCCAAGUACAAUUUAGCUGUUUCCAAACGAAAGGAAACGGAGCCUUCUUCGAGUUCUAUGUGGAAUAUGAAUUUACCUGGUUCACCUGUGGUGAAUUUUCAUAAAUUUUUCGACGGAGAGAAUAUAACGCAGGAGGAUUUAGUGGUUUGGGUGAACGUUGGGACGCAUCAUUUGCCACAGGCAGAGGACUCUCCAAACACGAAGAUGAACACGGCAACGUCUAGUUUCUUCCUGGUUCCCUUCAACUACUUCGACCACGACGUCAGCAUGGAUUCAGCCAACGCUAUAUUGUUAAGCACACCCAAGGUCGCCGGAGAUCCUUUCACUUAUGACGAUUAUGGAGUGAAGCAGGAUUAUACUUGUAUACCGGAAGCGCCAGAACCGUUCGGAUAUCGUGAUAUUGAGAUGUAUGAUGUGGAAGGAAGGAAGGAAGAGCCGAAGAGCUCGGAGGAGAUGAGGGAGAUGAAAGAAAUGUAUCUUAGGAUGAGGGUCAAGGUGGAUCCAUGA